CCUCAACGGCUGCUGUUCUUGCAAAUAUAUCCCGUUUCAAGGCCGGUGUGGGCUGCUGCGGCUGCCUAACCCCGUCUGCCCUCGCUCUCCACCUUUCUUCACCAUCUCCAUCCACCACUGCAUAGGUCCCUUGAGCUUUCGUCCGUUUCGCUCUCACUUAACCGGCUAUUCCGACUGCAUGAUCGCCGAGCGCGUCCUUUUUUAAUUCUUUUGUCGUGGUCGGCGAACAUCAUUGUGAGCGGCUUGUUAAGAGUCCGCUGCUGGUUUCGAGGCUGUUUCCUUCUGUGUCCGACAUUUUCUCGAGUUUAGUUCGACGUGGUUUUUUCCGUGUACAUCCAUCGGUUGUUGAUCUUCGUCCGUUGGGUUAUAUUUUUAAGUCUUCUCUUUUCCUUCUUUCUUUUUCUUUUUCUUUUCCUCUGCGCUUUUUUGCACGCCGAAGGAAUCGCCCUAUAUUCAUUUCCCUCCUACCCCUCACUUUGCCAUUUAUGUAAACUGAGCGGGCCUUUCUGUCAGGCUAGCUUGGAAUCUAUAUGCGGAAUAUUGUCCUAUCCAAUUAUAGCAUCUAGUCAUGAUGCCCCUUUCCAACUCGGUGGAAGACUCGACGAAAACGGAAGAUAAAGAUCAGCAUAUUGCUGCUCAAUCUGCUGAUGGCUCGCUGCAGAGUGCGUUCGACCAGCAUGAUGAGAUACAGACUUUCAGGCAUGCCAGCAACAAAGAAGUCCCGUUAUCAUGUGGUCUGGAAGACCCCUUUCAUGCGAGUCUAUCUUCGAUAAUGAAGGGCGGCGAGCUUUCAUCCCAGCAUUGGAGCCCUCAUCUUUCACCAUUUCACACGUCGGAAACGCUCUGCUCUGAGGCAACGCAGGCCUUUGACAACGUGAGCAGACUUUCCACAGUCGAUGAAUUUACGUUCGAUUCGGGGUUGCUAUUUAGAGGGCGAAAGGAAACAGAUUCGAGGUCUGCUUCGACGCUCCGCCAGCGACCGACAUACAAGUACGGAGACCUGUCUGCAACGGACCUCUCGAACCAUAAAUCGAAUGAUUAUGUCGGUUCAAUUCGAAAACAGGGCUCUCCUUUUGAAUUGACGAUUUCACCGCGUUCUAGCUGCACAAUGGCAUAUCAAGAGGCCUGGCACGGCCGUUUUCCGAGCUGUGGGCAACCUGCUGGCGAACGCAUUUCAAUCUCACCGAUGCCACAGACCGCCAUUCAACGCGAUUACAUAACUCCCGCUGUUAACACACGUCGUGCUUCGGAGCAAAGCGCGUCACCAACACAGUAUGGAUCGAAUAUGGUUUCUCCGACGCAGCAUUCGACAAUGCCCGCGCCCUGCACUGCAUCUUUCCCGCGGUGCCUCGAACAUACAACACCUUCACCGAUAGCUCUACCAUCCAGCCAGACCGCUCCCAUGCAUCUCCUACGCUCUCAAUCGGAAGGUUCGGUUUAUCAACCCUGGAAUUCCCAGCUUCUUGAUACUUCUCUAUAUCAGUACUCUCAUCAUGAGCAUCAACCUUCAGAUGCGCAAACCUGGUGGGGCCCGUCGUCACUGCCGAAUAGAGGCCUACAGCCCUAUUCCCACAGUGGCUAUGCUCCGAUGUUGAUGGCACCGGCUCCCCAACGGCCACAACAUAAUCGCACCGACCACACCGCUGUUCCGGUGCAUGAUGCCGAUUUGAGCCUCCACGUCACCCAACACACUGAACUUCCGCAUGUUACGGAACCAAGUCUUACGGUACCACCUCUCUCAUGUCCAGAGCCUCCAGCAGGCCCGCAAUAUCCACUCGAACUCGCCCCCGAAUCUCUGCAGCGGCCGCCGUCAUUUGGAUCGUCGCAUAAUUCCGCAUCGCCAUCCCACGCGUCUUCGGUCUCUCCUGGGUCAACAGUUCCGCCAAUGACGCCUGCCCGAGUCACUCCGAUUGGAGCCAGCCACCGCUCGCCAAAGUCCCGACAGCAAAUCACAAAUCAUCAACGACGUACGAACCCGCGCAAAGCAUCCAGUUUUCCAGGUACCUCGACCUCAAAAAUUACCAGAACAAUGCCAGUCCACAACACAACUCCCCACUGCAGUUCAACGAUGGGGAAUAGAAACCCCGUCACCGUUUCCUUCGUUAAUUUUACACCUGAAGAUAGCCAGAAACUACUUACAGGCGUUGCACCGAGCGGCAGCUCGAAGACCAAAGCCAGACGCGAGCAAGAAGCAAGGGAGAAGCGAAGGAAGCUCUCAGAAGCGGCAUUGCUGGCCGUUCGAAAGGCAGGAGGCGACGUCGAGGCGUUGGAGGCUGUACUUUGUUAA